AUGUCUUUGUCUUCAGAAGAUGAACCCCAACUUGUGGAAGAACCCACUCCCACUAAAAGCAAAAGGCCUGCUCCGACAGGUAAGGGAGGUAAAGCCAAGAAGGUGAAAUCAUCAGCAGCCCUCAAAGCAGAGUGGAUAAAAGGGACUAUUGUACAUCGAUUUCGUACUCACACUCAAGUGAAGGUUGCUGCUUCUGUUACUGCUGCAGAGGGCAGUGGGGAGUUAGAUUCAGGAGUCCCGCCGGCCGGAACCACCAAGACCUCAAAGUAG